AUGUGCGGGGGGCAGCCGCGGACCAGCGGGGUGAUGUGUGCUGCUGUGCAGAUUCACCUGCACCUGAUGGACUGUUCGUCGGAGUGUUUGAACCGCCGAGAAGCCGAGGACAGACGCCAUGACACAUCAGGCUUCACGGACAGACAAACGGACGGAUGCGAUCCGCGAGGCAGCCGACGCCGCGGUUCGGUGCUCGUGUUCGGUCACGGCAGCAGCGGACUCCGUCGCGUUAUCACCGAGCUGGACGCCCGCAGAGUCCGCAACACGGCGGGCAGAUGUGGGCCAGUGAACCGAACCACCGACCGGACACGGCUGUUCUACACGAGUCAGCAGCCUUUGUAUGAAUUCAUAAAGACGGUUUAUAACCAGCCAAUACCGCCGUUAUUACGUCGUGAGAUUAAACGCUGGAAUCCAUGUCUCUGUCUGUCCUUCUGUCUCUCAGAGAUCGUAACUGGUUUGAAGUUUAGCAGCGACUGCAGACACCUGAUCACAGUGUCUGGAGACAGCUGUAUCUUUGUGUGGCGUCUCAGUCCUGAGUUGACCAUUCGGAUGAGACAGCGGCUCGCUGACCUCCGACCUCCCAGCAGCACUCAGACCUCCCAGAAUCCACCUCAGCAAAGAGCUUUGAACCUCAGGGAGGUUUCGUCUCCUCGAGUCGUUACAAUGUCGUCUGACAGUGACAAGGAGGAGGAAGACGAGGAGGAGGAGAGCAGCUGUCCUUAUGUGGUCACAGCAGGAUGCUUGGAGGAGGAGGAGACAGAAAUGUCUGAUGAGAAGUUGGACUCUCAGUGCUGCAGGAAGGAGGCGCCCGGCGGUCGACUUCCUCGCCGUCGAUGGUCCAGGAGGACGGGCAGUGACGGCGUCCUGAUGGUGAAGUCCAUGUUAGACCUGAGACUGCUGGACUCGUACUGUCCGGACAGACAGGAGGAGCAGCAGGAGGAGCAGCAGGAGGAGCAGCAGGAGGUGAAGACACGCCCCCUCGCUGUUAACACCUCCCCCUACAGCCUGAAGAGGAGGGGCCCAGGUGUGGAGGUGGGGCUUCACAGGACCAAUCAAGAGCUGGGGAGCACUGUCAGUCUGCAGGUCCCCUCUGCAUGGGCGGACGAUGACGAGGCGAGGACCAAUCAGAGGCCAGACUUUAUCCGGCUGUCCAAUCAGAGCCCUGAAAGGGAGGUGCUGGUGCUGUAUCCUGACCAAUGGGAGGACAGAGUGAGCCUGGCAGGAAGUGAGUUCCAGGUGAAGGAGGCGUGUCCCGUUGCUACAGGCGGACGUCAGGACAAACCCAGUCCCGACAGUGGCUGCUCACUGGGAUUCAGCUCCUCACUGUCCAGUCCAGUCAGACCUGCAGGAGACGACUCGGAGCCCACAGAGCCUCUCAGUGUGGACGGAAACUCCUCUGAGCCGGAGGAGGAUGAAGAGGAGGGAGGAGGAGGAAGAGGAGAAGGAAGAGGAGGAGGAGGAGGGGUCAGGUCCUCUCAGGUCGUCCCUCAGACUCCAGACCAAGAAGCUUUCCUGAAGGAACACUUUGUGACACUGAGCGACCUCUCAGGCUCAGGAAGUCCGAGUCGAGGGUCUCACAGCUCCAGCGAAAGUCUCAGCAUCUCCUCCAGGUUCCUCUCCCAGAAUUCAGCUGGAAGUCGGGCCGUGGUUCCUCUCCCAUCUCGGACCACCAGAGGAGGAGCAGGAGGAGGGGAGGUGAAAGCCCGUCCUCUAGUCUCAGAGGUCCGACCUCUCAUGGAGGAGAAUCAGAACCGGACCCAGGACAGGAGGGUGUCAUUGAACCAGGACCAAAACCAGAAGCACAAGCAGGACCAAAAGUUCUCCUUAGAGGAGCCCGUACACUCGCAGGACCAAACCUUGUCUCCUCAGGGCGGGGAGCAGAUCCAGAAGGGGUCAGAUCCACCUCAGAGUCGGGCAGAGGCAGAGGAGGAGGCGCCGGUCCAGCAGGCCCACCGGCCCUCACCACUGAAGAAGAAGGUCCAAACUGAAUCCAAGAGGAACCUGGGCUCGACGGCCCGGGCCGCCGCAUCCCAUCUGAACUCCUCUGCUGGACUCCGGAAGACCCAGUCAGUCCAGAGUCUGCUUAGCGACACAGGUGACUGCUCUGUCUCAGCCUCAUGUCCAUCCAGAGACGUCCCCAGUGAGCUGCUCCUCCUCCCACAACGUCCCACCACCCUCCCCUCCUCUCCCAGACGCCCGCCAUCUGUAGCCCCUCCCCCUCAGAGACCCAGCCCCGCGGCAUCCCCACGGUCCCCCCAACAGGAAACAGCCGCCGCUCCGUCUGUUGUCGCCACCCCGAGGAAGUCUUUGUCCUCCUCUACUUCGGUGGCGUCUCGGUCCUACAUGAGCCCCACCGCCAGCUCCAUGGCCAAGAUGUCACGCUCCGUCUCCGUGGGCGAUGGCCUCAACAUCCCGGAGUCUGGCGAGGAUCCUGCAGUGACAUCGUCAGCGGCAGUGACCUCGUCCUCUCAGGUCAAAGACACUCCUCUUGUUGCCGUGGUGCCCUCCAUCACAGCUUUGGCCAUGCCCCCCAACGCCGUCGUCGUCCCAGUCGUCGUCACCUCCUCUUCGUCUCUGGGUAACCAUGGUAACCAGGCGGGCGCUCCUCCCCGUGGCCUCCAGGCUCGAGUCCCCGGCAGCAGCAGGCAGCUUCCAGACAAGCCCUCCCUGGCCUCCUUGUCUUCCUCAUCGCGGCCGCCUCCGGUCUCCGUCUCCCCCCUGACUCCCCCCCAACAGGAGGAGGAGCCUCAGACUCCUGCAGGCAGCGGGGGCGUGGAGCAGAGAGACGACGCAGAUCAGCCAAUCAGCAUGGAGACGUGCAGAGCUCUGACUAAUGAGCUGACGAGCUGCUUCAGGAAAGCCACACACCUGUACAGACAGGUGAGUGGCUCCUCCCACGAUGACUCCGCCUCCGACCAGCGUCAGAUGGCUGGCGUCCUUUCAGAGGCCUUCCAGACGAUGAGGGCGGAGCUCGACUGUCUGCCGCUCGGCACCGCCGGCACUCCGGGAGGAGGGGGGGGGCUGGGAGGAGUGGGGGAGGCGAAGACGGCGGCGCUGCUGGAGGAGUACUCACUGCUGCUGCUGCAGGCCGUCCACCGCAGGAUCAACAACGCCACAGACUGAACACGCCUCCUCUCCACCUCCUCCUCCUCCUCAUCAGCCUUUUUCUUUUCAGCACUCCCUCCUCCAGAACAUCUCCUCCUCUGUCAUCGUCUCCUCCUUUUCGCCCCUCGCCUCCUCCUCUUCAGUCUGCUCCUCUGUGUCCAAGUUCAUCGUCUCGUCUGGCUUUUCUUCUCCUCUCGCUCUCAUCCUCAUCUACUUUACACCUCCUCCUCCUCCUCCUCCUCCUACUCCUCCUCACAGAUGAAGGACCUGAAGCCAUUUUGAUUUUGUGGACUUUUUUCCUCCUUUUUUACACAGCUCUCUUUGUCCUCUUAAAGUCUUACAAGAGCUUUUUAUUAGAAGUUCAACUUUUUAACAAGUUGUUUUUUAAAGACAUUUUUCCUGUUUUUUUGUUUUCUUUCGUUCCCGCCGUUUGUUUGGAGGGAACCUGAUCAGCUGGUUUGGAUCAUUCUUGAUUAGUCCCGUAGAGACGUUGAUGUUAGACCGUAGAGACUUUUUAAAGGAGCAAACAGCAAUACAAGACUCUGAACAAACUUUGUUGUUCCUCUGUUUGAUGUAAAUGUUGUUUCCUGACUUCACUUGAAUCUAAAACGGACUUCCUGUUUGAACUGAGCGAGACGUUUAGUUUGUAUUUAUUCUGCCGAUGUUUGAACACGGAGCAGACGCGUUUUAUUAUUGGACGUUAACAGGAGGAUGUACAUUUUUAUAGCUGUUAUUACGGAAACACUUUUGGGGCUCGUCGGGUUUAAAUUUGGGGUUUGAUUGUUUUUAACAGUUUGUUGUAACAACAACUUUCUCACUAACCAACAGGUCAAAGUUCAGUUGGAAAUCUUUUCAUGUUUUUGUCUAAAUUUAAUAAAAGUUUGAGACUUUU